AUGCGCAUAGGGGGAGUUCGUGCCCAUUUUGUUCAGACUGACCGUUUCCCCCUUGUUGGUUUUGCCCCGAUCCCCCUGCGCAGGCACCCACAGUGCGUCAGGCCGGCGCUUUAUAGCGACAGCCUGGGCGGCUCCAUUCGCUGUUUUUCCUCUUCUCUGGUUAUUGACUUCAGGUGUAGUUCGCGAAGAUGCAGCUCAAACCCAUGGAGAUUAACCCCGAGGGGAGCCGGGCUGGGGCUGGGUCGGGACGCUCUCCCUCUGCCCCUGCACCGGGGGCGAGGGUGGGAUUCCGGUGGAGGAGGAGGCUACGCCAGAAGUCGAGCGCCUGGCCGAGCUCCCGAGGGCGUGGCGCGGGCCGCGCGACUCCGGUGUCCGGGCUUCGCGGGAGCCACGUGUGGACCGCGCUUUGUGCUGUGUCAUCGCGCUGGAGGGGUGGGGCGCGGGGCGGAGACUCCUCCCGGGCUCCGUGGAGUCGCUGAGGGUGUUGAGUCUGCCCAGAGCUCCGGCAUACCACUUGCCUGUGUCCCCGAGUCUGGCCGUCUUGUCUUCUCUUUGCAGGUGUUGGCCCGGCUGGGGGUCGCCGGUCAGUGGCGCUUCGUGGAUGUGCUGGGGCUGGAGGAAGAGGCUCUGAGCUCGGUGCCUGCGCCGGCCUGCGCGCUGCUGCUGCUGUUUCCACUCACCGCCCAGCAUGAGAACUUUAGGAAAAAACAGAUUGAAGAGCUGAAGGGACAAGAAGUCAGUCCUAAAGUGUACUUCAUGAAGCAGACCAUUGGGAACUCCUGUGGUACCAUCGGACUUAUACACGCAGUGGCCAAUAAUCAAGACAAACUGGAAUUUGAGGAUGGGUCAGUCCUGAAACAGUUUCUUUCUGAAACAGAGAAGUUGUCCCCUGAAGACAGAGCAAAAUGCUUUGAAAAGAAUGAGGCCAUUCAGGCAGCCCACGAUGCCGUGGCUCAGGAAGGCCAGUGCCGGGUAGAUGACAAAGUGAACUUCCAUUUUAUUCUGUUUAACAACGUGGAUGGCCACCUCUAUGAACUUGAUGGACGAAUGCCUUUUCCCGUGAACCAUGGCACCAGCGCAGAGGACUUGCUGCUGCAGGACGCGGCGAAGGUCUGCAGGGAGUUCACUGAGCGGGAGCAGGGGGAAGUCCGCUUCUCGGCGGUGGCCCUCUGCAAGGCUGCCUAAUGCCCUGCGGGAAGGGACUAAGCUCUUCCCCUUCUUCCCUUCACCACCGAAAUACAUCCCUACCACUGCAGUCUUAACAUGCUUCAGUGCUUGUAGAAAACAGCUGUUCUCCUUUGGUUCUGUAGCUCUACCCCCCCUCAGCCACACCCAAGCGCUAGCAGAGCUCAGCUGUCGACGGGGCAGUUUGGUGCAGGCUUCAGACGGUGAAGCAUUUUCCCCACUGUGUGUCUCGUACCUCAAUAUCUAAUGCUUUAAAUGGCUACUUUGGUUUGUGUCUGUAAGGUAAGGCCUUGGAUGUGGUAUAAACUGUUUGUCCUUAUGAGGAAUAAAACUU